GAAGGUUUUAAGUUCGUCUUCCCGAAACAUCAGGUUCAAGCCGUUGCUAGAGCUGUUGGGUUCGAUCAUUCGAUUACGAAAUCUUGUCGAAAUCGGACAUCUCGUACAGUGAUGCUGCUCGAUUGCUUGUGAUCCGUCCCAGAGUCAAGGUAGUGAUCAGUCAGAUUCUUGCAGUGCAACGUUAAUGAUACUUAAUUGCCGAUCGAAUUGUGCGUGUGACGUUAAGUGCGGUGUCCUCAACAGAGACAUAUUGGUGAUAUUGGUAUACGAAUCCUGGUUUAAAAAGAACUGUUAAAAUAAAACAGUUAAAGUUGCAAGGAAUUCUACAAUUGAUUCCUCAGAUCGUUAAUGUGUGCGUAUGUCCGUGAACUUUGAGGAAGAGUAUUAACUUCAGUGAUUAAGAAUGAGUUCCGCGUACGUUCAGCAGCAGUACAAUCAUAAUGCGAUGUAUGGUGGUGGAGGCAUGAUGGGAUCCGGUGUAGGAGGCUCACUGGAUGCCUCGUCCUACAACCCGUACAACAGUAUGUCUGCCAUGGGUAUGGGCGGAACAGGACUCUGCUAUGGUUAUGGUACGGAUAGUGGAGCUUCGGAAGGGUAUCAUAGCCCCGGUCCGGUAUCGAGUCCUGAAUCGUACUACAACAAUACAAGUCCCGCCGAGUAUAGUCCUUCCAGCCCAUACACAAACUACGGAUACUGCAGUGGCGGGAAUUCCGGAUCGGGAAUACAAACUUCCCACAGUAAUAGUACUACCACGAGUAAUCCAAGUGUAUCCUGCGAGUCGUACUACAGCUAUGCCAGUAACAACUUCAAAACCGCCUGUCCAACAGUUCCUCGAUACAGUGCGACCGGAUCAAGUUCCUCUGCCAAUAGCUUCCAGAAGCGAGAAGAUAGUACGCAGUCAGUAGAAACGCAAGGUGUUAUCCGACCGGCUACAACAAUUGUUACGAAGCGCCUACCUACUGCUGUCCCUCACCAGCUUCCACCCGGAGGCAGCUACUACAAUCCCUACGCAGUACCAAUCGCUAGAAACCGAUCGAGUCCUGCGCAUAGCUCCAGCAGUUCCGUAUCUCCGACACCAUCGCAAUCGGACAGUGGACAAUCGGUAGUGGUAGUGCAACCAGAAAUUGUUAAGAAGCGUCGCCUAGCAGCAAAUGCACGAGAACGACGAAGGAUGAACAGUUUGAACGAUGCGUUCGACCGGCUAAGGGACGUCGUACCAUCAUUGGGAAACGAUCGCAAGCUGUCGAAGUUCGAGACGCUCCAGAUGGCACAAACGUACAUAGCGGCAUUGAAUGAGCUACUUUCACGAGACUGAAAGCAAUGGGUGUGAAUGUUGCUGUAAUAUAAUGUACAAUACUUGAUACUACUUUAGACGAGUCAUAUAGAAGGUGCUACGACUAAUACAUACUGUACAGAUUGAACUUGAUCAGAGGAGAACAUAAGUACAGCAACUAGCUUGCUUGUAAAUAGAUUCAGCAUUUGAACAAUUCACAAUGAGGAAAGCUAACAUACCAAGAGUAAAUUAGAAUUAGUAGAGCUAACAACUGCAUCGAAGAAGCUGUCACAACACAACGUAUUUCAAAAAGCUUAAAGACAAAUUAGUGAUGUAUAGAUGACUUUGCUGUACUUCUGUAUUGGGUCAUUAGACAAGCGAAGAGGAAAGGAAAAACGAAAAAGAAGCUAAAAGAUAGAGAGAGAAGCAAGACUAGAUGUGUAUAUUUAAGAAAUUAAUUUGUGACCCAUGUAUUUGCAGUAGGUCACUCUCGAUUGUGGACCUCCGGGUCGUAGGUAGGCGGCAUUGCUCGGUGCACGUAGGAAUCAGCUCCAAAGCGAACACCGUAAAAAACCGUACCGUCAUGCUGGUACAAGGGUUCGAAUACUUCGAUAAUGGUGCACAAUUGCUCGAAAUUAAGGUGUGAAAUCGAAAACGAAAUAAGCGAUAACAGACGCAGCAAAAGAGGCUCCACAAGCGUAACAAGCGGGAGGAAAAUAAAGAAAUAUGCCCAGCAAAGUAAACGAUAAAUGCUAAACGAUUGUACGAAUCGUGUGAUAACUAAUUUGUUGCGCGUUCAUAUUGUCUCUGGAUGGUUGGGUUGGGUGAAAUGAAAGAAACAUUCCGCAGCCGCAGGUGAACCAGUUCCGUCUUCGUCGCCGAAGGACAUUCGCUGAUUUCGAAGGUGACGGUCAAUGUUGGGUCUGUUGGGGAAAAAUUGGGUCUGAUCAAUUACCCGAACCUUCACCCGACCCGUUUCAUCUCGGGCUGGACGUGCUGGACCGACCCGGACCCGAA